AUGACGUUUUCGUCCCCUCCCGGCGAUGCAUGGACGGAUGAGAAAAGUGCCAGCAUCGACUGGACGGAUCCCGAUGAGGUUCUGUGCAACAGCUGGACAUUUCUGCGCAUCAUGGACUUUCACCCUCCUCUGGCACAGUACGCCGCUACUCACGUGGAUGAAAUGGAGCUUUGGCGGACGGUGUUUAUGGAUUCCCGCCGCAUCGACGAACAGAAGAAGGCGCUGCAGUAUUGGUUGGUGAACGGAUUGCUUUCCCUCCGUGAGGAACGCUGGUGCCGGCACUGCGGUAACCAAGGGCAUACACAGCGGCAGUGCGAGCAGCUCCACGCCGACGCUGUGCCUGUGAGGGACGGGCCGAGCCGCAUCAUGUCUCGCUUUGCCGCCCACCAGGCGGAGAUUGAGCGCUGCAAAUUGCUGCAGGAGAAGCAGUGGAAGGAGGGCGGCGCUGCCUCUCCCUUAAAAAGGAUUGGUCGCGACGGAGCGCAGAAGCGCGGUGGGGGUGGCGACAGCUCGCAGGCUGGGCGUUCUAAAUCGCGGAAGGAGCUCACGCCUUUCGCAGAGGAGAGGCGUCGCGGUACGGUUGGGCGCAUUGACACAAAUUACGGCAUCGGCUUCGUACGGGUGCCGGAGGUUGGUGAUGUGAAGUUCUUCAUGGACCGCGUCGAUUACGGCAUAAAGGAGAUUGCGCUCGGCGACGUCGUGACGAUGAAGAUCGACCACAGCAGGGAGUAUCCGCUCGCUGUUGACAUUCGCCCAGAGAGAGCAACUGUCACGCUAGAGGAUGUGAAUAAGUUCAUUCAGCGCUGCAAAACAGCGACGGCGCCCAUAACUGUCAUCAAGACCAUCAUGACACACACACACGAGUGGCCCAAUGUGCUCACACUGCUACGCAGCAUGGCUGGACCCGCCUUUCUUGACGCGGUGCACACACUCGUGGAGCUGACAACAUUUGUCGGCAACCGGGAGCCUAUUCAUAUUCCACUUCUCGAGUCCUUUCUUGCAUUAAUGUUGCGGUCUUCCAACAAGGGGAUCGUCGCCCCGUUCUUCCCUUUAAUGGUGCUCGAUGCCCUUCAAGUGGGGAGCAGGAGCGAGAUGGCUGCUGAGACACCAAUGUUGGUCGAGAGGUGGAUUGAAGUGGCCAACCUCAUUGUGCUGCUUCGGCAGCACGCAAACACCACGGGGGAAGUGACAGAUGAAGUGCAGACAAUGCUGGAAUCGCUUCUGACCGCAAGCCAAAACCCCACCGCUGGAGUAACAGCAACGACCGCGGUGGUGGCAACAGCAGCAGCAGCAGCAAAAAAGAAGGUGGAUGCGGCGCUGCGUCGCUUGCGGUGUCCAUCAGGAAAUAAACUAACAACGCUCGUCAUCCCCUCGGUAGAAGACUUUGCCAUCCCACCGCCGGACCCUCGCUCGGUCUUUAGUCCACAGAGUCUCCCUAUUAACGGCGCGACGAAUUACACCACCACGGAGGCUUUCAUCACAGAUCACUGUCGCCUAUUGCGUGCAGACACCUUUGAAACGGUGAGUCGUCUCCUACCAGCCGUGUGUUUUCAGCUCCCCAACUACAAACCGACGGCGGAAACAGAAUCGGAUGUUCUGCAUGCAUGGCUGUAUGACGGUGUGCGCUUCAUGGGGCGUGUGGUGACGCGGGAUAGAGAUUACGCGUCACCGGAUAGCUAUAUUCUGCAGGUGCGGNCCAAAAAAUCGAAUGCGGGGCUUCCCUCGCAGCUUCUCCCAGGUACAGCUCUCUGUAUUACAACAGGUCUCGAUCGCACAUUCAUAGACACAAAUGAAAUUUUUUGGGGUAUUGUAACAUCAUGCAACUCACAUCUUUUGGAUGGGUCUAUGAUUGUGGUGGCACCCUGUGAAACCAGUACGGGGUUUGAUGUUCUCUGUGAGCACCUAAGGCGCAAUGAAGAAAUGGGCAAGACGGAUCACUCCUGUAUGUUGGUGACAACUAUCUUCAUGGCAGGUUAUAAGAGCAUAAUGAAGGCACUCAGUGCCUUUGUUGGUCCUCUUGCAAUGCCUCUCCCUAUGGCAUCCACGCUUGUGAGUGCAGAGGCGGCUGCGAACGCAUCGGUCGGUGGCAUCUGUAAGGUGAAAAAACCGGACGACCUCGUAGCAUACAUACCGCCCCACUGCGAAUUUGCUUUUGAUGAUCUCAUUGGCAGCGUUAAUAGUCGCUUUGCCCUCGACGAAGGGCAGAAGGAGGCCAUGCGUUGUCUUCCCACUUCCGAUAUUCUCCUUGUACAGGGUCCACCAGGGACAGGUAAGUCGUUUAUUGGGUGCCGCGUGGUGGAGGUGUACGUUCGCUACAAGCAGUUGGUCGCGUCGGGUGACAUACUUCGUACAAUAGACGUGGAUCAGCUUAGGUCCACAUCAGCGGAUGAUAUGUUGCCAACUGUUGGGCCUAUUGUGAUCAUUACGUACAAGAAUCACGCCCUCGAUGAGUUUCUCUUGGACCUGCUGCGAAGCGGCUUGUGGGAUGAAGAGCGCCCCCGCAUAGCCCAGCAAUUGAUUGGUGGAUCCUCCGCUAGCAAGUCGGAGUUGUUCCCCCACGGCAAACGUAUUGUACGUAUAGGCGGCCGCUCACGCGAGCCAGCACUUGACCCGUACAACCUGGGCACCUUGCUGCGUUCCAAGAGUGAUAAGGCGGCCCUCAAUAGUCUCAAGGAGCGGUUGUUCCUCAUGAACCAGCGGCUGGAGCGGCUGCUCAAGGAGAUCCACUACCUGGAGUCAGGACGUGUGCCGAAGACUUUCUUCGAGCGGUGGCUGACGGAGGAGCAGCGAAAGCAUAUACGCUACGAAGACCGAGACGACUGGUUGCAGGGGAAACAGUACGUCGGCAGUUCCACCCGUUCCGCUGAGCGAACGCUGUAUCUCACCCUCCUACGCACACAGUUGUCAGUGUGCCUCGAGGAGGCUCAGAAGUCAUCUAUCCCCACUUUGGCCACCUCGGCUAAUGAUGAUAAGACUGCAACAGCAGAUGAUGAUGACGGCGGCGCGCCUCUGAGUGUCUUUCAGGAGAUGAAGCGUGAAAAGGAGAAUUGCGAUUUUAAUGAAUCGCUCCACACAACGUACCUCUCAGUGGAGGCGAUGGAGUUGGCGAAGAAUCCGCCCAAGCGCCCAGAUGGUGUCCCAGAGGAGUUGCUCUCGCUGUGGAGCCUCGACCCUGUCCUUCGUCAUGAGUACUACGCCUAUCUGAUCCGUGAUUGCAUCUCUGCUAAGGCCCGGGACUGCCUGCUGAUUAUGGAUGCUAUCAUGAACGCUGUGACGAUACGUAACCAUGCUAUGGAUGAGGUGAGGCUUGCGCUGCUUCAGGGGGCGGAUGUUGUUGGCCUCACUACGACCGGAUGCGCGACAAAUCAGAAUCUUCUACGCUCACUUCGACCAAGUGUUCUGGUGGUAGAGGAAGCCGCGGAAGUACUCGAGUCACAGCUGCUCGCCUGUAUGACUGACUCUUUACAGCAAAUUAUACUUAUUGGCGACCACUACCAGCUGCAACCCAAGGUGGAAACCUUUCUCUACGAAAAGGUCAAUCGGCUCAACAUGUCACUUUUCGAACGCCUGGCGUUCCGCAUGAAGCCGAUUUGUCUGACUGAGCAACGACGUAUGCACCCAAGCAUCUCACGACUCGUGCGGCCCUUCUAUCAAACGCAGACUCUGUUGGACAAUGAAGGACUUCUCAGGCGACCGUUUGUCUCCUCAGGAGGUGAGAAGUAUACAGACCGCGUGCCCGGCUUGGCGAAGCGGGUCUUCUUUUGGCGCCACAACCACCCUGAGGAGGAGGCUUCGGGAAGCCGCAGCAAGGUCAAUGUGAAGGAGGUGGAGAUGGUGCUCAAGUUUGUGGCGCACAUCACGUCGGAGGGUGUGCACCAGAAGUCUAUCACCGUUAUUACACCGUACCUCGGGCAGUGCCGGUUACUGCGCACCUCGUUGCGUCUCCGCGCCUUUAGCGACGUUGCGGUAAGCACUGUAGAUCUUUUUCAGGGCGAUGAGAAUGAUGUUAUAAUUAUUUCUAUGGUGCGAACAGAACGGCUGACAGAGUUCUUGCGAAUGCGAAACCGCAUGAUUGUAUGUUGUAGUCGAGCGCGCUUUGCAAUGGUGAUGGUCGGAAGCGACACUCUCUUGCAGCAGUCAAGUCAUUGGAAGGAGGUUCUGGAUAUGCUGCAAGCAGACGGGUGUGUCGGUGAUCGGUUGCCCAUCACGCACCGCCAGUUACCUAACAAAACUGCAUGGAUGGAUUCAUAA